AGAAGAAGAACAAGAAGAAGAGUAGCAUGACGGGAUAUGAGAGUGCUCCGGCGGCGGAUUGCCGCCAUGUCACCUAAGGAGAAACAUUUAGCUCUCAUCUCCGUUUUAGGCAUAGUUAGUCUAGCUCUUUAUUGUAUUCCUGCUUUUAUUUACGUGGCUUUACUUAUCGCAGUUUUUUGUAUUUUGUGUUAUUAUCACAGCGGAGAACCGCUUCCCCCCCGGUUAGGCCCGAAUCUACGUGCUGGACUGAACGUCCGGCGCUGGUUGUUGAGUUUGGGGCUGACCGGCGUGUCGGUGGCUGCACAGAGGAGACCGAAGAGUAACGUUAGCAAUAACAGAGCCGAGCUCCGGGAUUCGGGGUGGCAAUUAAGACAAAGACUAAGUGAAACUGGGAUUUAUCGGAGGGAAGCCUUGGCAACGGACUCGUUUCUUUUCAGCCCUCGGGAUUUCCUCAUGGGGAGCUACAUCGGGAAACCCGACAGUCCAGUCACUGACUCUGAGAGGCUGGGAGCAGGGAGAAAUCCCCGAGAACAACUACGAGAGAAACUGUCCAGACCCAAUCACGCGGUCUAUACUCCCAACAGGAGGCUGUCAUUUACUGGGGAGCCUCUGAGCACGGUGGCCGGUUUCACCAUCACCCCCAAGCGUCACUACCCCCUGCAGCAGCCGGGCGUCUCAUCAGUAGGAGUUCUUCCUCCAGUCAAGUGGGAUGGCUUCAGGAAGAAAAACAUUCUCAGUCCCCGCAAUUCCCCUGCUGCCCUCAGUCCGGUCACUGUAAAGAUCGCCAGACCCGACCACAGCUCCCCCAGUUUGCAGCAGCUGAGUUGUGCAGGACUCCCCAGGGCCCCCCCAGACCCCUGCUCCAGAGAAAGCGUCCUCAGGGUGUUGAAGGAAAGCCGCAAGAGAGAAGUGGAGGAUGAAGACAGGAGCUUCACAACAGAGCAGAGAAGCAAAAGGAGGCGCAAUGAUAGCGGUGGAAGCGCCCACUCUGCUUUUGAAUCUGUUUUGCCCAAUGGAACACCGUCACAGCUGGUCCCUAAACCGGGAAGCCUGAAAAGAGGGAUGACCUCACUGGUGGAGGAGUCCACCAUGAAGAGGUCUCGCACCUCCUCCAUCAGCUCUGUUAGUGUGGUCCAUGCUCCCAGAGGAACCCCAUGCACAAGAAGAAACCCUAUCCAUAGCUCCUACAGCUCUUCCCUAGGCUUCACCCAGUGGAAGAAGCCAUCAGCGCCCAGCUCCUCUCUGUCCAGCCCGGAGUCAUCACGGUCUCAGACUCCAGAGGGAGCCUCCAAGAGACCCAGAGAGGAUGACGGGCAGUCUCCCAGCUCAGUGUCCUCACUGAGGUCAAACCAGGCAGCCUCCGACAAGGCACCAGUUACUUCCAAACUGACUUCAGUCACCAAGGUCCCUGUCACUACUUCGGUAGACUCAACUGAUAGUGGCGGGAAGAGAAAACGGAAGAUCCAGCUGGUUUCCAGCCACCGAGACGAUUGCAUCUCUCUACCCCCGCCCCCCGAGCUGGGCUACACCAUCACUGUGAAAGACCUAGACGAAGAGAAAAAGGCUGCCAUCAGCAAGAUCCAGAAAGUCCUGGAAGUGCCUGCUCCGGAGCCAGAGCAGCCUGCUUCUCCCCCAACCACAGCUUUUACCCAGCUCAUCUCCUCUACCAGCUCUAGCACCACCCCCACCCUGAGCAGCCUUUUGGCAGCUCCUCUGCCCACAGCCUCUGUUGCUGCCUUCUCAGUCAUCAACCUGGAUCCCAGCCCAGGCAGCAGUGUCAGCACAGCACCUGCUGCCUCUAACCCACUGUUGGAGGCUUUGAAAAUGAAGACUAGCUCUCCUGCUAGCUCCGCAUCUGCUGCCAGCACAACUGCAGUAUCUGCAUCCACCACACAAGUACAACCCACUGGCUUAACACUGAAGGCUUCAACGGCAGUGGAUGCCCCACAAUUCACCCCUGCCUCCCAGUCUCAGUCAUCCACUGCUGGCCUGGAGCAGCCCUCUGCUUUUACUCAGGUCCUGGGUCAGUUUCCCAAGGCAACCAGUGGCACCCCACCUGUAGCAGGUCUGUUUGGACUGGCCAGCCAGAACAGUACCCCUUCUGCUUCUACAGCCUCUAACCCAGUCACUGCUCCUGGUGCCCCAGCCAGCACCUCCAAGUCAGUCAGCAACACAAACCCUGUACUGGCUUCAGGGUUUAAACCCAUCUUUGCCAUCACCACCGCCUCUUCAGCUACAUCUACUCCAGAGAGCAAACCACCAGUCCAAGAUUUCAAGCCCAUCUUUGGAGGUGCCACUGCAGGUGCUGGUUUUGGACAGCCUCCAUCACUCACAACCAUCAACACAACCCCUAUGGUUUCUUCGAGUAGUACAUUGAUAUUUGGUGGACCAAUAAGCAGCACAACAUCUGCCCCAUCUGUUUUUCCAGGCUUAAGCAACACCACCACCGGAAUAGCCUCCUCCAGCUCCAUAACCACCACACAGCCAGCAGCACAGCCAGCUGUGAAGUCCCUUUUUGGAAACUGGUCCACCCCAUCCACAACAAGUACCAGCUCAGCCUCAGCCCCUAAUACAGGAAGCACCUUCCAAUUUGGAACCGUUACCACCACUGCUGCAGCUGCCCCGGCUGCUUCUACCACAGCCUCCAGCAACAGCACCUUCACAUUUGGUGUUGGUCACCCAGACACUCAAGAUGCUAACCAGAAGAUGUUCGCCUUUGGCCAGAAAACAAAAACUGCUUCGUUUGGAGGCUUUGCCAUGUCUACCACCACCUCCACCACCACUGCUGCUGCUGCCGCUGCCACCACUCAGUCCACUUUCCCUUUUGGGAAGCCGUCAUUUGAAGCAGCAGGAGCGCAGUCGACCUUUGGCUCCUCAGCAGCACCACCAAAACCAUUUACCUUUGGAAGUGGCGGAGCUUCAUCCACACCUGCCUCCCACCCUGCCCCACCUCCUUUCGCUUUUGGGGCAGCAGCUGCCACCACAGCUACCACCUUUGGGACCCCAGCUAAACCAGCAUUUGGAGCCGGUUCUACGGGUUUUGGUUUCGGUGGCACCACCACUCCCUCAGCAGCACCGAGCUUCGGUGCAGUAUCCCAGGCUCAGAGCUCCUCCUCAGCCAUCUUUACAUUUGGAAGUUCUGCUGCUGCUCAGCCAGCUCCCUCUGUCCCUGCUCAGCAGGCAUCCAGUGGCUUUAGCUUUGGUGCUGGUAUGUCGUGCCCUCAGUUUGGAACACCAGUCUCCAAUAAUCCUGUGCCACAGAUGGGAGGCUUUAACUUUGGGGCUGCUGCUGCAGACAAACCAGUUUUUGGGACGUCUACACCAUCCUUUGUUCAGAGUACUGCUGCAGGUCCAAUUCCCUUUAGAAGCCCUGCAACUCCAGUCCAAGGCUUCAGUGCUAGUCCUUUUGGGUCUCCAGCGGCUCCCUCCUUCUCUAUUGGAGCCGGAUCAAAGCCAUCUGGAUCACGGCAGAGGCUGCAGGCACGGAGGCAACACAACAGAAAGAAGUAACUUGCUACAUGUGUCCAACACUGCUUUCCCAGGACUUCACCUGCUGCUGAUAUGGCUAAUCUGGCUAGCAUUGUUCUGUUCCAAGCCCGACAUCCCCCAUCCAGCCCGCCACCAUGCCCUCUGCUUCCUUUGCCCUUCUCUAGUGGGUUGUGUCGACCCAAAAUGCGGUGUUUGCAGAGGAGUUAGAAAGAGCACACCAGCUUGCUGAGUUCAUGCUGCCUGGAUGACUAUGUGACCUAGUGAGGGAACGUAGCACUGAGGAGACAGAAUCCAGAACAUUGUAUUAUACUUGAGGAGUGAGAAAAGACAGCGGAGAAGUUUUGAUUCUGAACAAAAGCAUAUCCAAAGUUGUUUUUCCUUUUACAGUAUGUGGACACUCCCGUUGGUUCGUCUUAAGUAGAGAGUUGAGUCAGGCAAAGACAUGGAGCCUCGACUCAAACAUUUAUUUUUUUACAUGAACGCUCAUUGGUUUGUAUGUUACCAAAUAUUUGAGUACAUUCUCUGAGUGAGUCUGAGUAGGGUGAAAUGCACAGUUGAUUCAGAAAAGGUACACAACACUGACGUUUGCAUUUUAAAUUAUUUUUUUAAUUGGCUAUCUGAUCCUGUAAAUGAAUGGUGUUUCUGCACUUAAGGACAAUUUAGUAAAUGUCUUAAUGUAGAUGGUGCAGAUGCUUGUGUUCUUAUUUCAUACUGUUUGUCAUUGCAAGCAUUCCUCCGUUGUCCCCUAUGGGCAGAAUAUUCUUUUUUUUUUUUUUUUUUUUUUUAAAUACUGAUUUCCAACACUGAUGUAAUGAUCAGGUCAGUAUGUGAUUAAGAUGACUGCUCUUGAAUUGUGCUGACAAACCAAAGCCAAUUAUUCAACUUCAUGCCUGUGAAACGAAUCUGUAAUCUUUUAUCUCCUAUUUAAA